UCGAAUCAAUCUCUUAACUCAGAAACCCAACCGGGCCACCAAAUAAUUUAAUGAAUUAAAUGUAUUUUAAAAAUGUUAGCUUCAUUGGUUUUAAUGGCGUUAUUGAUUUGCCCUAGACAAUGGGGCAAUAACCCAGCAGACAAAUAAUUGCGGCAAAACGAUAAAAACAUUGAACAAAAGAAAAGAAAACUUGUUAUCUCUCUUGAAAUGGAGAUUCUGAUAAAGUUCAUCUUUAUAGGAUUCUGGGUUUAUGAUUCUGUUUACGCCAUGGAUAGUCUCUUAUCUCCAAAGGGUGUUAACUAUGAAGUCGCUGCGUUAAUGUCAGUGAAGAACAAGAUGAAAGAUGAAACAGAGGUCUUGUCUGGUUGGGAUAUAAACUCUGUUGAUCCUUGUACUUGGAACAUGGUUGGUUGCUCUGCCGAAGGUUUCGUUGUUUCUCUAGAGAUGGCUAGUAAAGGGUUGUCAGGGACAAUAUCAACAAAUAUUGGAGAAUUUACUCAUCUUCAUACAUUGUUACUGCAGAAUAAUCAGUUAACAGGUCCAAUACCUUCUGAGUUAGGCCAACUCUCUGAGCUUAAGACUCUUGAUCUCUCUGGGAACCGUUUUAGUGGGAAAAUCCCAGCUUCUUUAGGGUUCCUAACUCACCUAAACUACUUGCGGCUCAGCAGAAAUCUUUUAUCAGGGCGAAUCCCUCAGCUUGUUGCUGGCCUCUCAGGUCUUUCUUUCUUGGAUCUCUCUUUCAACAAUCUAAGUGGACCAACACCGCGUAUAUUAGCAAAAGACUAUAGGAUUGUAGGGAAUGCAUUCCUUUGUGGUUCAGCUUCCCUAGAGCUUUGCUCAGAUGCUACACCUGUGAGGAAUGCAUCAGGGCUGUCUGAAAAGGAUAACAGCAAACAUCACAGCUUAGUGCUCUCUUUUGCAUUUGGCAUUAUUGUCGCCUUCAUCAUCUCUCUAAUGAUUUUCUUCUUCUGGGUACUCUGGCAUCGAUCACGCCUCUCAAGAUCAUAUGUGCAGCAAGACUAUGAAUUUGAAAUAGGACAUCUGAAAAGGUUCAGUUUCCGCGAGAUACAAUCCGCUACAAGCAACUUCAGUCCAAAGAACAUUCUAGGACAAGGAGGAUUCGGGAUGGUUUACAAAGGGUACCUCCCAAAUGGAACCGUUGUAGCUGUUAAGAGGUUGAAAGAUCCGAACUAUACAGGAGAAGUUCAGUUUCAGACAGAAGUUGAGAUGAUUGGUUUAGCUGUUCAUCGUAAUCUUCUACGUCUCUUUGGUUUCUGUAUGACACCUGAAGAGAGAAUGCUAGUGUAUCCUUAUAUGCCUAAUGGAAGUGUAGCUGAUCGCCUAAGAGAUAGUUAUAGAGAUAAGCCGUCUCUAGAUUGGAACAGAAGGAUAUGCAUUGCACUAGGUGCAGCUCGAGGACUUGUUUACUUACACGAGCAAUGUAACCCGAAGAUUAUCCACAGAGACGUCAAAGCUGCAAAUAUACUACUUGAUGAGAGCUUUGAAGCCAUAGUUGGUGACUUUGGUCUAGCAAAGCUUUUAGACCAGAGAGAUUCUCAUGUCACUACAGCAGUGAGAGGAACCAUUGGUCACAUUGCUCCUGAGUACCUUUCCACAGGACAGUCGUCAGAGAAGACCGAUGUUUUCGGGUUCGGGAUACUGAUUCUUGAACUUGUAACGGGUCAUAAGAUGAUUGAUCCAGUCAAUGGUCAGAUUCGAAAAGGAAUGAUAUUGAGUUGGGUAAGGACAUUGAAAGCUGAGAAGAGAUUUGCAGAGAUGGUGGAUAGAGAUUUGAAGGGGCAGUUUGAUGAUUUGGUGUUGGAGGAAGUUGUGGAGUUGGCUUUGCUUUGUACACUGCCGAAUCCGAGUUUAAGACCGAGGAUGUCUGAAGUUUUGAAGGUUUUAGAAGGUUUAGUGGAACAAUAUAGUUAUGAGCAGACACAAAGUGGGUAUGAAGCUAGAGGUCCUAGUGUUUCUAGGAAUUACAGUAAUGGUCAUGAAGAGAAUUCGUUUAUAAUUGAAGCUAUCGAGCUGUCUGGACCACGAUGAGACUUAAAAGAAUUGACUAUAGCAGAAUAUAGAAGAAUGGUAAUUCAUUGGGUUUUCCUAGUUUUGUUGUCAUUAUCAUUAUCUGUAAAUUAUUUUAUUUAUUUUUUGCAAGUUUUUUGGUAACAUUUUUCUUUGUAACUUUUUGUCUAUUCUUUUGGUAUUUUUAUCUAAAUGGUUACUGUAGAAUCUAGAACUUUGGUAUCU